AUGAAGAAUUCCCCGCCCUCGACGUGGACGGACGGGAGGCCGCGACGACCCCCGGCCCGCAGCGAGCUCACGGUGUCUCUCCCCCCGCGUGUCUCUCCGCGUCCGGCCCAGCUGGCGGUGCCCCCGUCCCCGCCCCCGUCCCCGCCGUCCACGCCGCCGGCCGUGUCCCGCAGCUCGUCCCCGCUCCGCCUGGGGCUCGCGUCGCUGCCGGGGUCCGAGCCGGACCUCCAGAGGCUGGUCCGGGCCGGGACCGCCCUCUACGACCUCCUGAAGCAGUUCGCCUCGGCCGUCAACUCCCUGGUGCAGCUGGUCAACCUGUACGUGGGGACCAACCUCCUGUCGGUGGCGUUGUCCGAGCAGAGCAGCCUGAGGGACUUCUUGGGCCGCGUGGCCGCCGCGGUGACCGAGGUGCGGCGGGCGGUGGAGGCCCGGGACACGGACAUGCGGCGGAGCGCCGGGCUGUCUCUCUACGGCCGCCUGGCCCUCCUGGUCUCGGCCCUGCUGGACAGGUCGAGCGAGGCCAGGGAGUUCCUCGAGCUGUCCCGCAGCGCCUUCGGCAGCGUCUACGGGCCCCUCGUCGUCGUGCUCCUCAAGAAGGUCAACCUCCCGGACUCGGUGGACCUGGCCAUCCGGCAGGUGGUCGCCUCGCCGGCCAUGUCCAUCCACGUGGCCGACCUCAUCCGCCUCCCGGGCCCGCCCGGGGAGGUGGCCUCGCCGCCGGCCGACCCGGGGGCCAAGGCGGAGCGGCAGGGCCGCCCCGGCUUCCUGAGGGAGCUGUGCGAGAGGCUGGUGGACCGCACGUGCCGGAAUCCGGCCGGCUCGGCGGCGGACUGCCUGGAGGAGGUCAACCGGGUCCUGGGCCCGCCCAUCGCCGUCCUCCAGAAGAUCCUCAAGGUCCUCCAGACCAACCUGGCCCUCCUCGUCAUGCUCUCCGACAAGGCCCAGUGAGGGCGGCCUCCGCGGGGGCCCGGGUCACCCGGAGGACCUAAAAUAAAGGACGUCGGGACUCCACCGACGGGUGGCACGCG